UCCUCAUCCUCCAGAGCCUCUAAUCUGUCAGCAGUGAGCUCACUUUACAAGUUCCAAGUCCAUUCUCAGAACACACACUGACAACAUGCUGGGGACCCUCUGCACUUUCAUCACUGCUCUAACGUGUGUGAGUGCUGUGACGCUGGUGAUACAGAAGCCUCCUGUUGUGACUGUAAGGAGAGGAGAGACAGCCACCAUGGACUGUAACCUGGGGACUGUGACUAAUUACCAAGCUAUCUGGUAUAAACAGAUUCCAGGAGGAGUUCCUCAGUUAGUGCUGUACAACUAUCAUGGCUGGAGCUCUCCAACCUAUGUCUCUGGUUUCUCCUCUCCAAAGUUCACAUCAACACAUCAGUCAACAACAGAUUAUCGUUUGAUCAUCAGCACUGUGGAGGAGGGAGACUCUGCAGUUUAUUACUGUCACACAUGGGAUAACUCUGCCGAUGAGCACGUAUUCGGAGGAGGCACCAAGCUGAUUGUGACAAGCUCCAGCCUCCCUCCUCCUGUCCUCACAGUCUUCCCUCCGUCCAGUGCUGAGCUCCAGUCCAACAAAGUCUCUCUGGUCUGUCUGUCCAGUCAGUCUGUGCCUUUUGCAGAUUUGAGCUGGUUAGCUGCUGGGAGUCCAGUGAGCAGUGGGAUCUCUACCAGCACGGCUGUUCAGCAAGCAGACCAGACUUUCCAAAUCAGCAGCUAUCUGUCCAUCCAGACGUCCGACUGGAACAUGGACAAGGUUUACACAUGUAAAGUGUCUCUGGGCUCCCAGACCUCAGAGAAAAACAUCAACAAGUCCCUCUGUCCCACUGAAGAAUAGUAGAGGAGCACAGAGAGCAUUUCUAAUCUGCUUCUUUACUCUUUGUGCUCUUUGCUCAUUACAAGGUUCACAUGUUAGAAAAGAUGUGUCUGCAUGCUUGGAACAAAUGUUGGGACACCUAGCUGGAGGUGUUGGAUCAGCUUUGCUACUGCUGCUUUUAUCAACAAUCAUUCAAUAAAAACAUAAAACCAUGUAAAA